UCUCUUUUGACGAUCUGGUACUAGCUUGCUCUCACUCUCAAACUCCUUUUCAGAAUAGAUCACGUUACUUCCGCAAGGCAAGGCUGAUAUCUUUCGUUGUAGUCGAGGAGGGGUUUGACAUCGUGUGGCGGCGGCUGUGAUAUUUGCCAUUGAUUGAUCUUGGUCACCGGCCACUUGCUCCGCCGUUGUUUUGGUCACCGAUUGGCUCGAAAUCAAACAGUGUUGAUUGAGUUUUUUUUUCCUGGUAGUGUUGAUUGAAUUGCUCGCAGAGGUCUCGUCUCGAUUGUCAAGAUCAAUCAUCUAGGUGAAGAAAUAUUCCCGGUGCUCACUGUUAUUGAAGAGCUCCAUUCGAUCCAAAUACACUUCUUGGGAUGGAUUCCUCUAAUAACCAAGCUAAUAAUGAAGAGGAUGCACCAGCUUCACCAAGGGAUUCACAGGGUAAAAAAAGGAAGGGUAGAGGUUCCACAACUCUACCCGAGAUUAUAAAAUAUAAGAGUGUCGGUAUACAAAUAGUCGUUCAAUAUGAUGAGGAGGGUCAACCAGUAGGGAAAGAUCAACCAAAGUUUGUGAGUUAUCUUGGAGUUCUGACUCGAACAAUGGUCCCGGUAAUUCAUAAAGAUUGGCAUCACGUACCAGAUGAUUUGAAGGACAAAUUGUGGAAAACUGUGCAAGCGGCAUUUGAUGUGGAUUUGAACAGUAAAAAGCAAGUUUUAUCUUCGAUCUCAGUAAAAUGGAGGACAUUCAAGCAAACCCUGACGAAGCACAUGUGUAGAUACAAGUCAGAUCCUGAGCUUAUUUCAAAACCACCGGGAAUCUAUUCUUUCCUAGAACAAAAUCACUGCGACUCAUUUGUCAAAAAGAGAAAUUGCAAAGAAUUUGAGGCAGCAAGUAAUGUUCAACGAGAGAGCCGGAGUGCCAAUAAAUGUAACCAUAGACUCAACCGAAAGGGUUACGCUAAGUUUCAAGUGGAACUAAAACAAGCUGAAGAUCUAAUCAACCGUGCAAAGCCAAUCUCUGAUCCAAACUCAGCUCCCAAUUCAGGGACUCGUACUAAAUCAAAAGCCAAGAAAUAUAGGAGUGUCAUGUGGAAGAAGGCACGUCAGAAUAAGAAUGGCGAGCAUGAUGACGAGGAAAUUGAGAAGCAAGCGGCGAAAAUAGACAAGAUAACCAGACAGGUGGAAGAUGGAAGUUUAUCUAUUGAAGGAGCCAACGAUAUCCUAACUCUAGCACUGGGUACUCCUGAACAUUCCAGGCGACUAAGGGCUGUAGGAGGAUUUGUCAAGCCAAGUGCCUACUUUCAUGUGCCUAGACGAGGAAUCCAUUCACGUUGUGAGGAGAACCAGCAAAACCUUGAGGCAACGAUUUCAGAUUUGCAAGUACAGGUCGAUGCACUGAAACAAAACUUACCAAAUACACCCCAUUCUGACUAUGCUGGUUCAAACACCUUCAAAAGUGACAAUAUGGGUAGUCCACAGCUUCAUCCAAGUUCAAUGGUAAAUAAGGUGGUAACUGACGAUAAUAUGGCGCCUUUUGAUCCUAUUACAAUGGAAAAUAGGGUGAUAAUCGAGGACAACAUGCCCCCUAGUCCAGGUCCUCGACAAAAAGUAAAAAAGAGCAAACAAUGUAAAUUGGCAGUGGGAUCCCGUGAACACAUUGUUGCUCAUGGUACAAUGUAUGAGAGAGUUGGACCACACAAAACAAUUCAUACAGUUUUGCUUGGCCCGGACAAUGUACGUGUGUCUGUUGAUUUUGUGAUUGUCGAGGAUGCCCUUCUUCCUAUACCCAUCCCAGGAGAAGCAGCCACCGUAGGAGAGGCAUUGGGGUAUCAAUUGGCUUGGCCGAAAAAACUUGUAUUGGUUGAUUACGAGGGAAAUCUUGAAAUUGCUAGCAAUAAGGGAAAUCUUGGAAUUGUUGGCAAUAAGAGAAAUCUUGGAAUUGCUGGCUGUAAGGGAGCCUCAAAAAAUCGUGAAGUGGUUGGCAAUGAGGCUACAUCAAAAAAUGUUGCUUGUGAAAAAAAUUUGGAGUCCAUUCAAUCGUUCGCUUCACUUGCCAAGCAUCUCUUUCCCCUUAAAGCCAUAAAAAUGAAAGUCGAGAAGGAUUUACUUGGCGUGGAUGUUGAUUAUCAUCUACAAAAGGUAGACAUGGGGUACAUAUGUGAACUGAAAGAGCUAUCCAUUCAAUGCAUUGUGUUGUAUAUGAGCUAUCUGUAUGAAGUUAUGAAGGCCUCAAACAUACAUAGAAGUUUUCUCUUUGUCAACCCAUAUCUUACAAGUGUAAAAAAUAAGCCCGGUGAUGACUCAGAUGAAGCAUUGCUUGCAUGUAGACUAGAGGAUGCAAAGUCCGGUGAAUUGGUUUUCGCUCCUUGUAAUAUUGGGGCCCACUGGGUGUUGUUAGUCAUUGAAGUGUCUACUUCAACUGCAUACUAUCUUGAUUCAAUCAACAGUACAGUCCCUUUGAACAUUAGAAUCGUAAUUAGCACUGCAUUCAUAAUUUAUGAAGGAAACAAGGGAAAUAUGAGGAGAAGUCUACACUGGAAAGUAGUUCAGUGCCCAAAACAACUGAAAGAUGUAGAAUGCGGGUUCUACGUAAUGAUGUUCAUGCGAGACUUGAUUAGAGAUCGGGGCAUCUUGAGCAAAAAUAAUUUCAAUGGAAGGAACACAUAUACGAAAGCUGAAAUUGAUGAAGUGCGAGUCGAGUGGAUAAACUUCGUAUGACAAAAUAUGAGCAGCAAUUCUUUUAAGCUACACGGAGUAC